AUGGGUUCCUCGUCGAGGCAAGGGGGAGGCUAUGACUACUCCUUCAAAGUUCUGCUCAUCGGGGAUUCCGGCGUCGGGAAGAGCAGUCUCCUUGUCACCUUCAUCUCCGAGUACGCCGACAACAUCGCCUCCACCAUCGGUACCCCUCCUUCGACGCAGUCGUCAUUCUUUUCCUUCUCCUCAUCUGAAAAUGCCCUUUCCUUUUAUUUCACAUGAGACUUAUAACCUUGACGCUUUGCUGUCUAAUUCUCGUCUCGUUCAUGCUGCAUUCCUUUCGAUUGUUUGCAUUGGUGACAACCAAGAAGACUAGGACGGUGGUUCUGUCCUGGUUGAUUCAUCGAUUUGAUUGGCUUUCCUGUCUGUCAUUUAGUACAAAUAAUAAGCCACAUGAACAACAUCCGUUUUGCUCAUCUUUCUUGACUUGACACAAGGUACCACGAAAUUUUCAUCAUUUUAUUUUUCAUCUCAAUCACUGAUACCACUUUAAAAUUUUUCCCACGUCAAUAAUGAUAAUUUUGUUUGAAAAUCUUCUUAGUUGGAUCCUUGUCUCUAUGUUCUUUGUCUGGGAGUGUAGAUCCUUCUUAUCCAGGGGUACUUUUAUCGGAAUGUGGGCGAACCUGCAGAGGUUUCACUGAUGUUAAUCUUAUUUCAUGCUCAUUCAAGAUCUUUUACCUAGCUCUCGGCUCCUCCCAUUCCUUCUGAACCCUCCACCAGUUUGUGUGCCUCUGUCAUGCUAAAAGCGAGAAAACCAUCUCAAGACUUGCUUUCAUUCCUGAUAUUCUUGUCAGUCUCUCGAUUUUUUCUCUGCAUUCUUGUUUUAGUUUCCGUCAGCUAGAAAAAAUGUAUCUUCUUCACAGAUUUACGUUCCUGUCUGUCGGCUGCUAUUUAGUUCUACGAUGAGUGAAAAUGUUAGCCAUCGACUGCUGAAUAAUGCCUCCUGCUCUGGGCUUCGUUCACUUUUUCUUCAUUCAAUUGUUAAACAUAAUGUAGUACCCACAUAAUCACGCUGAUCUCAUAGCCUGCAGGUUUAAUUAUGGUUCUAAGAAUUUGAUCCAGAGCUUAUUUGGCAAGGGUCCACAAUACUCUGCAUUCAGGGUUUAUAUUCAGUCAUGCAAAAAGCAUUCAUCACUAUAUCAAAAAGAUAUUGUCAAUAAGUAUUUAUCUAGUGUGUUUGUAGUUGUCAAUCUUGAGGAAACUUGAACUCUGUUUUUCACGUAAUUCUGUCUGGCUGUUGUGGCUGGUUAGCUUUUACACUCCAGUAUGUACUCUUGCGCAACAUUUUUUUAUUUUAGAUUAUUUAGGGUAAUGAAGAAAUUAACUCACUGGAGCACUUAUUCGUGUUUCUACAUUUUAACUACUUGCUAAUUGCUGAUGACGAUUAGUAUUGUGACCAUUUUUAUUUUUUUUUGUUUCAAUGACCAGGCGUUGAUUUUAAGAUAAAGCUGCUUACAGUUGCUGGAAAGAGAUUGAAGCUCACUAUUUGGGACACUGGUAAUAUUAUAUAAUUUAAUUCCAAGCAUGAAUGAUUUCCUUUCGGUAAAUUUCAUUCCAUUAGUCAUGGCAUGGUAUUAACUAUUAGUGGGAUAGAAUGAUAGAAGAACUAACAUUUAGUUUUUGUAAGUAUUAGAUCUGAUCUUUGGCAAAUUGGUGCGAGGAUUGUGUUAUCUUAGUUGGGGGACCAUUUACUUCCCUUUACUUUUCAAAAAAUAGUUGGAGACAGAUCAAACAGAAAUAUGCCAUAAUUGAUAGAACCCUGCCAUGAAUGUGAUAAGAUUCCCUCCUCCAGCUGCCAAGACAGAUAGAACAGAUAGAACAGAAAAUAAACUGGGCUCCACCGAGCCCUAACAGAACCUGGGAAGUUGCUCGAGAGGCUUCCCGUCCUCGCCCUGGUGAUUUUCCCUCCAAAAGCAUCGCCCUCAUUUGCUCGAAGGGGGGUCUUAAAACCCUAACCUUAACAAUGGCCUAUUUGCCCCUCUCGCCGCCCCCUUACUUCCCUACAAAACUGCUGUCUUUUUCUGUCUUCCACUACACGUAUUCAUCGGAGCCUUAUCAGAAUGACAUGUUUUUGUCACGAUCUGAAAUUUGUGACAAAAACAAUUUGGUGAACAAUGGGUUUUUCCCUGAUAGAAGAGUCCAGAAAAACGAAUUUAUUCGAGUUCUUUGGUAAAAAGAACUCUUUCAAAGCAUUUUAAGUGUCAACCGAAGUUGUCUUGGGUCACUCUUCCCCACACCUACCUACCCAAAUUGUUCCCCUGAGUAAAAGAACCGGGUUCCUAUAAUACAAGGCAUAAAGAAUCUUAUCUUCUCUUGUGAAGAGGUCACUAAAUGUAGUUUCAGUUAAUUUUGGAAGCUUUUAUAUCAUAGAUAGUGAUUAAGCGUUUGACGGUGCUCCAGAAAUAUGAACGUUCUUGUUUUCUAAUGAUAUCAUAGUUGUGUAUGUGCGAUUUUUUUUUACGAGUAUCAUUGAAUCUAAUUACUUUAGGAUGAAAUUUAUGCGGCAUAUAAUGUACAUGUUAAGAUGAAAUUUAUGUAGAUCAUAAUUUUCAUUAGAAUCUGAAGUCUUGACUGCUUAGGUGGCAGGGCAUUUCCUUACUUUGAUCCCUUUCACAACUUUGUCACGAGUAGAGGCUUUUUGGGGUGAUCCCAGUUGAUUUUUUGUAUGUAGCGUAUGCAUUCAUAACACUGCAAAAUGUUACUCUCUCUCAAAUGAUGUUUGUCUGGUUUCUCCAUAAGGAACCUGGUUUGUUGCUAGGUGGAUAAAAAUGAAGUCCAAACAUUCUUUGACUAAUUGGAAAUGCUUAUUUUAAAACGAUAAACCAUUCUUUUCUGUUACCCUCAAUAAAAAAGUUCCUGUUCUCAUGGUGUUAAUAUCCUCCGCAUCUUAGUGAACUCGUAUACUAAAUGAAAACAUUAAUCACUUAUUAAUUUGGAAUAACAGAAACUAAUAGGCAAUUCUCAUUUUCUUCUUCCCUGUGGAGUGAAAUAAAAAAGAGAAUUUGAUGUAACUUAUUAAUGUUUUGAAGUGAGCAACAGUGAUUUCAUCAUCUAUUUACUUUGGCUCUUGCAUUCAUAUAUUGAUGUUCUGUUUCAAUGCCUUGUAUCAGUAAUAAAUAUGGUUUGUUGCCCUUCCAGCUGGACAGGAGAAGUUCAGGACACUAACCAGCUCGUAUUACAGAGGUUCUCAAGGCAUAAUUCUAGGUAUAUAUUCUCAUGUCUUCCUUCCAUUAUUAGGACGGCAUAUGUUGUGGUCCUACAUGCAGGUAUGUUGCUGGGGUUUCAUUGUUCUCCACCAAUUCGGUUCCUGUUCUUGUCAAUUUUGAUACCUGUCUGAGAAGAGUGGGAGGAAUUAUUGAGAGAUAUUUCUCUCUAAAUGCUUUUAAGGUGCAGAAAAAUGUUUUCUUAAGAUCCUUAGGAUUUGAAAUGAUGAACAACUUUUAAAAGGAAACGAGCAUUGUUUUGAGUUUUUUUAAGAUAUUGGAUGUAGUAAAGGAAGCUUAUGUUUUUGAAUUCAAUAAGAAUUUAUCAGGGAAAACCUCUGUAGAGUUCUCUGUAAAUUAAAUGUUAUGAUGAUAGCUGAUGGCACUCUGUUCUUAAAGAGACAGAACACGCACAUAUUAAAACUCGUGUAUUCCUCUCCUCUUGUGUACUGAUUUUGAAUUUUUUCCCCUUUCUUCCCUAUUAGUCGUAUGUUCACAAAGUUGUCCCUAGUGCUGAUAGUUAUAGUAAUAAAAUGUAUCUUGCAUUUAUUUUUUUUGCAUUUCUCUCAAAAUACAGUUUUUAAAAUCCUCUUUGAUUCUUAUUGUGAAAAAUUUAUCUGUGCACUGUUCUCUAGAAUCCGUAGACAGAUAGAAACUCUAAUAUCUGGAAAAUUUGGAGAAGGAUACGAUUGAGAAUGCACAAUAUUUUCGAGGUCCUUGACUUAUUGCCAUCUUUAGGAAUUUCAUUUUCAUCGCACAUAUUACCGAUUAGUACACUUGUUCUAGCUGAUAUUCAUCUUGAAGUUCAUUCAUCUUGUGUCAAAAAAAAAAAUAAUUCACUAUUUGCGGUGGCGACUGGAAUUCUAAAAAUUGUCUCGUGCUACUUUGGAUGACAAGUUUCCCACGUUUCGUUGAAGCUAAUGCUUACUGAUUGGUGAUAUAUUUAAAUAUUUCAGUUUAUGAUGUUACACGCCGAGAAACAUUUACAAAUUUGUCUGAUGUAUGGGCCAAGGAGAUUGAGCUCUACUCCACUAAUCCGGAUUGCAUCAGAGUUCUUGUUGGAAAUAAAGUUGACAGAGUAAGAUCAGUGAUGUGUCUUUUAUGUAUUUUGGCAUACAUACGCGGGUACAUGUUUUAUGCUCUGUGUGCGAUUAUGAACCAUUAAAUAUGACAUAACUGAUGCUCUAUUCGACAUUAUAUAAUUUCAAAGAGUAAAAUUAUACUCCUAAGGUGUGGAUGCAUGCAAGACCGUUCGUCGUUUUGCUUGAACUCUUUGGGGUUACCUGUGGAACUUCCGUGUAUGUGAAGUAUAUUUCUAAUAGCUCAUGUGGUUCUCUUCCCUGGACUAUUGCCUUAUUUUCUUUUUGGUUUGCUAGCUAGAUCGCAUUAUUGCCCAUAAAUGGCCUGGACGUUUUUGCUCUCUCUCUCUCUCUCUCCCCCUCAGUAACUCUCUUGCUUACAGAAGAUUUGCAUGAUACUUAUUUCCAUAUCACUUAUCUGCAUGCUGGCCGAUUUGACUUUAGUGAAAAAUGACACAAGGGAGAGAAUGUAUAUAAUUAUUCUCAUCCUUCACAAAAUAAUCCUUCUCCUGGACCUUAAAUACUUGCUGUUUUCAUCUAUGGAUUCGCUUGAUCAUUACAUCCAAUCUCAACAAAAAGUCAUAGUGGCCGCUUGUUGACUAAUUGUUCGUAUAGUUUUAUGUCCUGAUGAAAAAUUAGGGUGUCACAGCUAUUGCUUGUUAAAAGCUGCAAGACCCUUUUAUAUCAUCUAAAGAUUGAGUCCUAAGUGGAGAUGUCUGGGUUGACAGGUAGCAACCUAUAACAAAAAUAUUGAAUCAUAUUUUAAUGGAUAUAUGAAUGGGAAUUAUGUACCCGUCUGCAUGUCAGACGCAUUAAGCUGCUUAAGCGUUCACUUAGCUGCUCAAGACUCUCCUAGUAAUGCUUGUCAGGAAAAGCUUGUCAAGCUUAAUGUCUAGCUCCGUCAAUCUUCCUUCUAGAAGAGGAAGUGUAUGCCUAGUAAUAUGCCACCAGUCCUAACAACUUGUGAAAGACAGCAGAAAUCACCAGGAAUCAUCGGGAAGCAUCUGAUUUGGGUGAAAAAUGAACGUCCUGAAAUCUUGUUGAUCAUGUUUAAGAGAUGUCUAUCCAAAGUCAGAGAGUGAAACAAACCGAACCAUUCUUUUUCACCUAGAAAUGCAUGUCUAACCUUGAGGGCUUAACACCUGCAACGUAGUCCUCGUUCCUUCCUUCCCAACAUCAGCCCACUAUUGUUGGCUUUCUGCGGAUAAUAAUUAUCAUAAACUAUGUGACGGCAUGAUGUUCAUUCUCUUCUCUAGUAUUUGCUUGUGAUCACCCCCAUCAAAAGGUUACUUUUUAGCCUGGGAAUCAACCCUUCACUGAGGCAACCCCAAACGAAGCGUCAUACAAUUGAAAUCACAUACUAUGAGUGCCUGAGUUUCCCUAUCGCUUCCCUUAUCAUCAUCAUGCCUCAACAUCAUAAUUAUUACGACUUGCUUCUUGUCUUCAGUAUCAAAAAAUUGCUUUGGCAUUGACUUCGCAGUUGGUGCUAGAACCUAUUCUAUUAUUCUCCAGACAAAGGAAGAUAAAAGUAAAGUAACGUGUUUAUUUUUCAAACAGCUUUGUACGAUUGAUUUUCUCUUGUAGGACAAUAGAGCUUUUCCAACUCUAAGUUUCUGGUUGGACUUACGAAUUGUCAUGGAGGAAUUAGGGUAUUUAACCGGUGCGGGGAUCUCUUAUGAGAUUCUUCAGACCCCAUGCUUUAGUUGUCAGUGACCGAUAGAAGUGAAGAAUAUUUUAUGCCCAUUACAGUGAGAAAACUCCUCCAAACACUUCAUAAUGUGAACAAGGGCAAGAAAGUACACUAACCUCAUCGUUUACAUACGGAGCUCAUUUCAAAUUGAUUAAUCAAUCACAUAUUUUCUGUACUUUAAAGGAACUUACUAUUGAAGAUUUAUGUGCAUUUUUUUUAUAGAAGUAUCAAUCAACUGGGGUGACCUUUUCAUCUGGAGGGGAUUGUGUAAGGUGUAAGCUAAGAGUCAUGAAAUUGGUAUCCAAGAACCAGUAAGAUCCUCAUUUAGCUAAUUGGAUCAUUGACCAUCUAAAUAUUUGGUAACCUCAGAAAGUUAAAAAGUUGAAAUACCAAGUACCUAACAAAAUUACACACCCUGGCGUUGACUGGUGAAAGUCAAUGUGCGAGGUCCUAGUGUAACUCCAUUCAUCCUAGUGUCUUUGAAAAAGCCUUAUCUAUGUAACUCCAUUCAUCCUAGUGUGUCAAGUAUCAGACUCAUGAGCAAAUAACUAGAUUCGUGUUGAGUUGUCUCAAGUAGUUCUCUGCGCCAAACAGUCAUUAAUGCAAUUGAAUUUAUUUUGUAGUGCUAAAUCUAUAUCUGAAUAUGAUAUAUUUUAACUAGAGGGAGUUUACUCACCCUGUUUUUCAUUUUUAUUUUUACGAGCUUAAGUACUAAUUUCUAUGAUAACUCAGCUAAUACGCAUUCAUGAUUGGUUUUUCCUAUGCCUUAAAAGAUUUUUUGUGGCAUUUGGAUGUAGUAAUGUAGUAUAAUGACCACUCAGCUUCAUGUGUUAUCUCAGGAAAGCGAAAGAAUGGUGUCGAGAGAUGAAGGAAUCUCACUUGCAUCCCAAUAUGGAUGUGUAUUUCUUGAAUGCAGUGCAAAAACAGGAGAAAAUACAGGGAAGUGUUUUGAAGAGCUUGCACUAAAGGUACAUCUCCAGAAAGUAUUUCUUGAUUUUGCAAAUAUUGGAUUUGAUACACAGUAUGAGUAAUCAAGGGCAGUGAUUUAGUCAUGUUACAGUACUGAUACGUAGCAAGUCGAUUCUCAAAUGGUUCAUUACUGAUUGUAGAAGUCUCUAGUUCAGUUUUAGAAAAAAAUCAAAAUUGAUACCUGGAAUAAUUGGCAUACGGGUAGCAAGAUUAAUAAAUAUGCUAAAACGAAAACGAUAGUUAAAAUAAUGAUGAAGAUAGAUAUCCUCAGGAUUUAUUAAGAGACCUAAACCUUCCAACCAAAGGAAGAAACUUUCUGAGUGGGGAAUGAAAAAGACAGGCUUCAACGUCCCCCCUCAACUCUGGAUUCUUGGUUCUUCCCAGAAUUCGUAGUGCAUAGGGGUGAUCUGAUGCUCAGACGAUUAAUUUCUGCUUCUGUCGUAUCAUUUAUAUGCUUUGUUUUUUAUAUAGCCUAUAAGGAAGGGGAGACUAAGAUACAGUAAUGAACAGUGGCCAUUACUUUUUAAAAACUUAUUUAUUUUUUUAUAAAAGCAUUUUUGAAUUCACCUUCUCCAACAAUUGGGAUGGGAGGGUCAGAGUAGAAAUCAAGAACGAUAUUUUACGGAAAUUAAAAAAAAUAAGAUGAUGCUUUGAACGCAACUAUUUGUACCUGAACUUUUUGAAGGUGUAAGAAUUUAUUUAUUUUUCUUAAACCUGAAACAAUAUAUUGCCUCUCUUCUGCCAUUUGAGCAAUCCCAUUAUGUUGUAGAUGGCAUCCUUCCAAUCUUGGGUCCAUAUCUUAUUCAGAGGACUUGAUAUAUCCGUUCAUGCUAGGAUUAGAAUGAGAGAACCAAUUCCAUAUCCAUACGUGUCAGUUGGGGUUUGUCUCUUCAUUUAUUCAAAGGUGAAAGAGUGGGCAAAACUUUUUCUUCUUGUCGAGGAGGAGAUUCUCAUAUAUUUUUGAGAGAUUUGGAACGUGGUUUUGUUUUCAAACACGCGGCCUCUGUUUUUGUGCCUGGGUUUCACUUGGAGAGCUGAUUUUUACUCGCUGUAACCUGCUUUGAAAGAAAGUAGCUUUUAAAGAAUUCAGCUUCGUUAGUGGAGACUGGGAGACUUCGUCUUCGUUUCCUCACCAUGCUGGCAUGAGAAACCUUGCAGAUUCUGGAGGUCCCUAGUCUUCUGGUAGAAGGAUCUGCGGCUGUGAAGAGGACUAGUUUCAAACAGAAACCAGAGUACAAUGCAAGUCCGGGCGGCGGCUGCUGUUCUUUCCUCUGA